AUGGACAAUACUUCGUCAAUCUCCAUUAACGAAGGAAAGCCUAUUCGAUGCAAAGCUGCAAUAAGUAGAAAAGCAGGAGAAGCAUUGGUGAUAGAAGAGAUCCACGUGGAUCCACCUCAACCUUACGAAGUUCGGAUUAAGAUCCUAUGCACAUCUCUUUGUCACACCGAUAUAGUUUUCUCCAAACUAGACACUGGACCACUUACAAGGUAUCCUAGGAUUCUAGGACACGAAUCAGUCGGUGUGGUCGAGAGCGUUGGAGAACACGUGGAUGGCUUCAAAAAAGGCGACGUCGUACUGCCUGUGUUUCACCCUCAAUGUGAAGAAUGUAGAGACUGCAAAUCCUCAAAGAGCAAUUGGUGCGCGAGAUUUGCUGAGGAUUACUUGUCAAACACGCAACGAUACGGGAUGUCUUCGAGAUUCAAGGACUCUCUUGGAGAAGAUAUUCACCAUUUUCUCUUUGUUUCGAGUUUCUCUGAAUAUACCGUCGUUGAUAUAUCGCAUCUUGUGAAGCUCUCUCCUGAUAUGCCCGUUGAUAAAGCGGCUUUGCUCAGCUGCGGCGUCUCCACAGGAGUAGGAGCAGCUUGGAAGGUGGCUGACGUGGAAGAAGGCUCCACCGUUGCAGUUUUUGGCCUUGGUGCUGUUGGACUUGCGGUAGCAGAAGGAGCCAGGCUGCGUGGGGCUGCAAAGAUCAUUGGUGUUGAUCUCAAUUCUGAUAAAUUUGAGAUAGGUAAGAAAUUCGGUUUCACGGAUUUCGUCAAUCCUACCUUGUGUGGAGAAAAGAAGAUUAGCGAGGUGAUUAAAGAAAUGACAGGAGGAGGAGUUGACUAUAGUUUCGAAUGCGUUGGUUUAACAUCUGUACUGAGAGAUGCUUUCACAAGCACCCGCACGGGUUCAGGGAAGACGAUAAUGUUGGGUGUAGAUAGGCCUCUAGCGCCAAUAAAUUUAGUUAGUGGUGAUCUUCUGAGAGGCAGAAAUGUUUGCGGAAGCUUGUUUGGUGGUCUGAAACCUAAACUGGAUAUUCCGAUUCUCGUCGAUCAUUACUUAAAAAAGGAGCUUAAUUUGGAUAGUUUUAUCACACAUGAACUGGAUUUUACUGAAAUCAAUAAAGCUUUCGAGUUAUUAGAGCAAGGGAAGUGUCUCCGCUGCAUUCUAUGGAUGGAUAAGUAA